UAGUAAAUCAAGAAUGCAAAUUUCCAUUACCAUGAACACUCAUUGGAUAUCUCCUUCCUAUAUAUAUUUCCCACAAAUUAAAACUUCAUCAACUUUAGAACCCACAACCAAAAUUCAACCAUUUAGCUCUAAACCAAAUUCUCCAACUCAUAUCUCUCAAAAAUUUGAAUCUUUACCCUUUCAUGUGAAUUCCAUAACUAGUACUUCAAACCCUUUUGUCAAACACUGCCUUAAACUUCGUCAAAGCUCUUCUUAUCGCCACUCUCAUGCUUCUGUUCUUGUUGUCGGUUCUACCCCUAUUAGGGAAAUAUAUAGUUUUCAAGAAAGAGUACAAGAGAGACCUAUUACAUUAGACUGCUUACUCGUGCUUGAUGAAGCUCAUAUACCCGAAGACCUAAAUCUUCAAUCAGUUCGCCUUGUCCGCAUCAGUUCAGCGGUGAUGAAAAAACUCUCUGGUUUACAGUCGAUUGAUUCUAUUGAAAUGAUUGCGUUAAUGAAAAUUCCCUCAACAUUUCACAGUGUUGAUGAUGAGUUUCUAGAAGAAGACUGCAGUAGGUGGUUCCAAAAUGCUCAUCGAGUUCUAGUUCUUGAUGGAAUCCAGGACCCUGGUAAUCUUGGCACAUUACUUAGAUCAGCGAUGGCAUUUGGAUGGGGUGGCGCCUUUCUGCUUCCUGGCUGUUGCGAUCCAUUCAAUGAUAAGGCGCUUAGAGCUAGUCGAGGAGCUUCCUUUCAACUCCCGUUAGUCUCCGGUGGUUGGCCCCACUUGGAUACUCUAAGAAACCAUUUUAACAUGAAGAUGGUGGCGGGUCACCCUGCAAACGAUGAAAGCCCGAGCAGAAUUUCGGGGCUCACCCGAGACUUUGCAGAUUCGUUAGCAGAUAAAGAUUUGUGUUUGGUUUUGGGCAGCGAAGGAGGCGGCCUUUCCGAGAAAUCUAAGGAUGCAAGUGAGCUUGUGAGUAUUCCGAUGGCGGGAGAAUUUGAGUCUCUCAACGUCUCAGUAGCUGGUGGAAUAUUCUUGUACAUGUUACAACCUGAAAACCAUAAAUCUUUAAGCUCUGCUUGAAGCUUUUUCUCAUCUUAUUUCAACCAGCAAGGAUUUUUAAGAAAGUGAAUUCAAAUAUAAUCACCAAAUGACCUAAAGCUGUGGACACUUCACAUAUGGAUUCAAACUGUGGUCUGCAUUGUCUGUGCGGGCAAAGGCGGAUCCAAAAUUUAAGCUUGACGGCUUCAACCUUUUUAGUUUUUAGCACUAACCUAUCGUAUCGUUGAGAUUAUGGAUUCCGAAUAUAAUAAUUGUUAAUUUUUUGGUUUUUCUUGUC